CUCCCUCCUCUCCACCACCCUCCUACUCCCUCCCUCUCCCACCUGACGUCAGCCUGUCUACUCUGUUAGUCUUUUUCAGUCUUUGCAGGGAGCUGGUGCAGAAGCUGGACCAUGGAUUUGCUGCUAUUCCUGUCCUUCUGCCUGCUGAGCUAUAGAGGAGCCUUAGGACAGUUAGAUUUGAUCGCAAAUCAGACAGUGGAGGUGAAAUAUGGAAAUGAUGCUACAAUUCCCUGUAAACUCUCACGUGACGAAUAUUCCAACCAGACUAUGAAAUGGCUUUAUGUAAAAAAUGGACGUCACAUAAUUUAUCCUAGCGGCCCAGAAGGUGACUCUUUCGAGGUCUCAGAGUUGAAGAAGCGAGUGAGUGUGGUACACAAUUUUGUUCUGGUGAUCAGCAAGACAAGUGUGCAAGAUGAGGCUGUGUUCAUAUGUGAGAUGGAAACAUCUAGCGGGGUAUCCUUGGAGUAUUCUGUAAAGCUACUUGUCUACAAGGCUCCGGAGCACCCAGAGAUUAAAUUGAAACAAGACUCGAUAUUGGUGACCAAUGACACUACUGAGAUUGCAGAAUGUAGUAGCAAGAAUGGGUACCCAAGUCCCACCAUCACCUGGUACAAGAAUAAUACUCCUUUGAGAAAUGGAGAAAACAAUGUGAUUGUCAGAUCUCAGAUGAUUAAGGAGUCCAGUGGUCUCGUCUCAGUUAGCAGCAGUCUCUCAAUGCCAGUUCAACAGUCUGACAGUGACGCUUUCUUUCACUGUGAGGUCUCCUACCAGCUUUUAGAAAACAUCCAUAUGAUGGAGUCUGAGAAAGCAAACUUCACAACACAAUAUGUCAACAAGAAGUUAAUUCUGUUUAAGAAAACGCCUACUGGUCCAGUGAAAGAAGGAGACACUGUGGAGCUGAGAUGCCAGGGUGAUGGUAACCCUCAACCAGAGAUAACAUUCAACAAGGUAGACCAAGAGGAUAAAACAUACGAUGGGUCUACUCUGAUUCUGGAGAACGUUAAACGAGAGGCAUCUGGUGGCUAUUACUGUUUAGGAUUUGAUAUUAAUAGUGAUGACCCAAAUAUUGAACUGCGGGCAGAUAUCGAACUACAUGUGCAUUUUCUGGAUACACCAUCACUUUCUCAGGAAUCGCCAGCUAUAGCUGAACUUGGGUCUGAUUUCAGCAUCUUGUGCAAAGCAAAUGGAUCAGCUAAGAUAAACUUUCAAUGGAAGAAAGACGAUACAGUCAUUGCCAAUGACCCAUCUCUAGAUCUGAAAAACGUGGAUUAUAACAUGUCUGGCAUGUACAUGUGUGUAGCUGAACUGCUGGAUGUACCAGGCCUGAGUGUGCACAAAGAGCUCCAGAUAAUUGUGAAAGGUAAGCCAGAAGUCUCUGUUAGCCCAGGUUUUCUUCAAGUGCAGAAUGGUGAUGAGGUGAAUGUAAUGUGCAGAGCUCAGGGUUAUCCAAAACCAAGGAUCAGCUGGUCAGAUAGUGGCAAUGCGGAAAAUGAGGAGGAGGAUGAUUAUGGAGUGACCAGUAAUCGGACUGUGCUGGUAACAUUCGAUCUGAUACGUUGGGGAAUAAACUGUACAGCUGUUAACUCCUUUGGAACGGAUAUGAAAAUCAUCUUGCUGGAAGAGAUACCUGAUAUAAUAACCUCUACACUCAUCAGCACAGGAACAGUACCUGAAACUACAACCUCUACGGACAUCAAUGCAGACACAAACAUCAAGAAAGACGAGCAAACAAAAGAAGGAAGUCAUGGUGUGGUAAUUGUUGCGGUUAUAGUGUGUAUCCUUCUUCUCGCUAUUCUGGGAGCAGUGCUGUACUUCCUAUACAAAAAAGGACGGAUUCCCUGUGGCCGCUCUGGGAAACAGGACAUAACAACACCUGGUGAAAAGGAUAAGAUUGUAGUGGAAAUGAAGCCAGAUUCACCAGCGGAGGAAUCUGUUCUGCUUCCAGGACCCCAAGAGAAGAAACCUCCAGGAGACCAGGGAGAAAAAUACAUGGAUCUGAGGAACUGAGUCAUCUAUUCACAUCACAGGAUUUCUGACUCUGGGUUGUAUCCUGCUUUGUGUUGAAGAUGAACUCAGCACUCCUUCCUGAAGCUCAUAUGGACUGAAAGGCCUUUCCAUCUCAUGAUGUUUCUGACCACAAAGUCAACAAUUAACCUUGACCCUAGGUUGGCAUCCAGUUUCCCCCUCAGCAAAGGAUUUCAAUGAGGCCAGCUGGCUGUCUGGUCUUAAGAUUAUAAACUAAGUUCAGUUGAUCUUGAAGUAACCUUUGUUUCUGCAGGUUUCACUUGACCAUAAUAAGUGACCUUGAUGUGACCUUUGUGGUCUAGGAUGGACUUGCCUAAACCCAUAUAGUAUUCAAAUUACGCCAGUCUCUUACUUUGGCCUUAUAUUAGGACAAGGGUGGUUUCUGAACAGACACUGGUGGGAGGUGUUCAGACUAACCAAAGUUAAAUAAAAGAGAUUGUGGGAUCAAUGACUGACAUAAGCACUGACAAUCCUCCAACUCCCACCCCCUCAAAUGAGAGAUCUAUCUACUUCAAUGCAAUGCACUGUAAUUCUUUCUAUGAAUGUACAACAAGUUUCCAAAGAUAACCCCUUAAAAUGUAUUAAAGUGCAUAACCUUGGGGUAGAGGGGGCACUAUUACCCCCUGAGAACAUCCCCAAUAAGCACAAGUUCUCUUAUAGAAAUCCUCCUUUUCCCAAAAACUGCACAUGGUGAAGAAGUAACUCUAUACAGUAUAUAUAUAAGUAUAUAUAUAUAUAUAUAUAUUUGCAAUUAUUUGUAUGUAAAUUUAAGAGAUCUAGUUCUGCUUUGCCUUCUUUUUUAAGUAUGUCCAAAUAAAGAAAUUUAAGUCUUA